UAAGCAGUGUCCUUCUACGGAUCCCUCGCUGGCUCUACCUUCUGCAAGUAAGUUUUGUUUCAUUAUUGCCGUUUUCUAACUCUUGGGAUGGCACGUCGUGUUUAUGUCUAGACAGCAAAGGAACGCGCUUCAGAAACCUCUGCACUUGGUCCGUCAGUAGUGUUAUUUUGGAAUAGGUCGAAGAAGAUGAGCUGUGAAUGCAUCAAGAAUAGAAGCAAGAGCAGUGCAAAGAUGUGUGAGUUGGGAGUGGUUUAUGGACUUGUGUUGAAGAAACAUUUGGUAAUUUUUCUUCUAAUUCUUUUUCUCUUCAAAGUGGCAAUCCAGACUUUGAAACAUGUCUGAAAGAAUAAAUGGAUUCACCCAAAAAUGUGAUCUUGUUUUGUGUUGGUUUCUAAUUAAGGAAACUGACAUUGCAUGGGGAAAUUAAGUUCAUGGUCAAUUUUUUAUUUACUAUAGUUUUAAUAUUUAUAUUAAAUAACACUGUAGCUCGAGUGCUCUUCUAUUUCCUUUAUAGUCUACUUUAAUUUCCUAAACCUCAAGUUUAAACAGACAAAAUUUCCCUUUAAAAAAAAUUAAAAAUAAAAAUUGCCGCGAAAAAAUGAAUUUAUAAUUCCGUUACACCCAAAUGGGGCAAAAAGUUUGAACCCACCCACCCGGUAAAAGAUCCGUUUUCUUCCCUCAAAUAAAAAGACCCGUUUUUUUCCCUACCAAAAGUUACUAACUGAAAAAUACGAAUAGCGUAAAAAAGAAAAGAAAUAAAGAAAAACAAAAACAAAGAGUCGCGGCUUUUACCAACGGCAACUUAUAUAACGGCUAGUCCCACACUUUUCCAUCACUGAUGAUGACGACGAUCAUCAUACUAUUUCAAAUUUCAAUUUUCUCCUCUCUCUCUACAUUCAUAAUUUUCCCGAAAUCGGCCAUUUUCCCUUUCUCUCAGUCGUGAUUUUCCGGCACUCCUUUUCAUCUCCCCAAAGGAUUGAAGACGCAAAAGGGGCGGUCAAGAAUUGAUCGUAGGAGACGGCGAUGUUGAGUAGCAGUUGCGUCGACAACUCUGGUCAGCCGAGAGGCUUCUUGACGCCGCCGCCGACAUGGAAGACUCAGCGGCGGUCGCCGGUGAUGCCGAGGUCGGAGACGAAGCCGCAACUACGUCAGGGAGACCUCUUUCACGUCGUUCACAAGAUCCCUUCUGGCGACUCGCCUUAUGUUAGAGCCAAACAUGUUCAGCUUGUAGACAAGGAUCCGAGCAGGGCGAUUUCCCUGUUCUGGCAAGCGAUAAAUGCUGGUGAUCGAGUUGAUAGUGCUCUUAAAGACAUGGCCGUCGUCAUGAAACAGUUGAAUCGCUCAGAUGAGGCUAUCGAGGCCAUCAAGUCCUUUCGCCAUCUCUCUCCUCCCGACUCUCAGGAAUCUCUCGACAAUAUAUUGGUUGAACUCUAUAAGCAAUCGGGAAGGAUGGAGGAAGAGAUCGAAUUGCUUCAGUAUAAACUGAAGCAAGUUGAAGAGGGAAUGGCGUUUUCCGGGAGGAAAACAAAGACUGCAAGAUCUCAAGGAAAGAAGGUUCAGAUCACAGUUCAGAAGGAGUAUUCGAGGUUGUUAGGAAACUUAGCUUGGGCUUACAUGCAGCAGAAAGAUUUCAAGCCUGCUGAGGAAAAUUACAGAAAAGCGCUAUCCUUUGAAGCGGAUAAAAACAAGCAGUGUAACUUGGCAGUAUGCUUGAUGCACAUGAACAAGUUGACAGAAGCCAAGUUUCUGCUCGAGUCCAUACCAUCUGACAGUGGUGCUGUCGAUGAAUCGUAUCUUAAGUCAUACGAGCGUGCCUGUGAGAUACUGGCCGAGUUUGAGUCACAGCGUGGCCUUAAGCCUACAAAACAGAUGGAACAUAAUAAUGAAUCUGGGAUGGCUAGGGGAUUUGCAGAUGGACACCUCAGUAAAACUAAGCCAUUUGGUGGUAGGUUCUGCUCUCAAAGUCAGAGACAUUCUAAUGAUAGCAAUGGGGCGUUGUCGUCUCCACUGCCCUCAUCUGCCAAGACGAGCAAAGGAACUUCUACUGACUUUGCAUACGAGAAGAGGGCUGAUUUUGAUUGGAGGGCGAAUCAUUAUGAGCCUAAUGUGAGCCGUGAUUUCUCCUACCGGAAUACUCCAAAAGUUCCGCUCACUCAGCCAAGGAGAUGCACGCGCUAUGAAGAUCAGAGGAAGGCCGGUUUGGCAGAGAACGCUAAUGGAGGCUAUUGCCGGAAACUGUCAUUUGGAUCAUCUGCCAGUAGUGAAACAGCGCAUUCGUUUGCAAGUCAAAACGUCGACUACUUUUGUCAUGAUGCACCUGAUGAGAUGCCGAAUAUAUUGCCACAGUUUUUGGGGAAGAGGAAUGCAUCUGCGAAGCCAUCAGAAGCUAAUGAACAAGGGAUGGAUAGUUUGGCAUAUGGUUGCAAGAAAUCAUCUGCUGAUUUUGGAACAGUAGAAGGAAUCCCGGACCAGAAUCCGGCUCGUGAGAUUCCAAGACGUGAUGAUCAUCACAAGAGUUGGGCUGAUAUGGUUGAAGAAGAAGAUGAACAAGAGUUUGGCAGCUGGAGAAACAAUUAUCCAAAGAUCAAUCUAGGCAAACCAGCACAGAAAUCUUCAUUCUCAGAUAAGUUCUCUGUUUCUGUUGCUUCAAUGGAUCAAGAAGGGUUCAAUGAUGAGAAUAUGGACUCCAACGUGGUCCCCGAGACCCCUAAGCUGCACGAUCCAGCUGAGGAAGUGAGUCGGGAGAUGGGAACGAUGGAUCUUGGAGGCGGGUAUCUGUCUCAGCCAGAGAAAAACGCGCUGUCAAAGAACCACCAACCAUUGAGACGUUCUCUGUGUUUUGAUCAGAAACACAAACCCGAUACACCAAGUGUAUCGUGCUGUGCUUCACCGUUGACAACCAAAGCUCUCAACUUUGAAGGCCAAGCUGGUGGAGGACCGUGUGUUGAUGAUAACCUCGGCUUUGGUAACUCCAAGAGCCGGAGGAGGCUGCCGGUUUUCGAGGAUAUAACGCGUUUUCAUUCAAGUCCUAGACGCUGAGGAUCAUGUUGGUUUUGAAUUUUAUUCAGCGGUAAAUACUAGUAAGAUUGUACACAAAUGACAUCAAAUUUUAUGUUAUAGUUGUAUAUGAUUGCUCACACUGAAUCAAAUAUAUUGCAAAUUGGUACAC